AUGAGUAAUACUAUUAUACAUACGUUACCAACUUAUUAUGAUAUUUAUAAUGUUUUAUUAUUUAAGUCCUAAUACAUAUUAUUUUAGUUGUUUUAUUUAUAUUAUGAGACUAACUCUAUUUGACUUUUAUGAAGUCAAGUGGUGAUUCUCUUACAUUUUUUUGAUAAUUAUUUGAUUGCAAAGACUUAGGUGAGUUCUUAAUAUGAGUUGGAAGUAAUGGAAGAAACCCAAGUCUUUAGUCUAAUGAAAAACCCAAGUCUUAUAGAGAGAGCCGCCCCAAUAUGUAACCAAACCUUUAGUCUAAUGAAAAACUCAAGUCUUAUAGAGAGGGCCGCCCUAAUAUGUCUAUGGGCCCAAGAGAGGGCAUCAUUUGGCCUAACCCAUUUGGACUUAAAAGGGCUAUCAAGAGAUAAGAUCUAGGCCGUCCAUCUUAGGGCACCUUAAGAUGAGAUUAAGAGAAGAAUUAUAGUGCCGCCCUCAUAGAAUGAUCUGGGCCGUCCACCAAGAGAGUUGGUUAUUAAUCUUAACCAUCCAUUGGAGGGGCCUAACUCUUGAGAGGAUUAAGGCAUCUCGGCCCUCUCUUGGAGGACGUUUUUUGGCUCUCUAUCUAAUAGUGGCUAGCUAAAGGAAAUAAGAGGGAAAUCAAGGCCUGAUCAAUAGUAUUCUCGUGCCCAAGAUCAUCAUGGAGAAGGAAUUAUCUAGAGUGCAUCAAGAUCGUCACGAAUUGAGCAUUAUUCGGCCUAGGACUAGCACACAAAAAGGUUUGUGUAAGAUCCAGAUUUGGGACAUCCUUGUAAUCCACUCUAUGGAUAGAUUAAUUUUUAAUUUGAACUAAUUUUACCAUUUAUUUUAUCAUUUUAUUGCGUUAGAUACAUUCUCUCUCUUUUGUCACACUUUUUAUAACUCAUGUCUUUACCUUUUUACAUUUAAUUUUGUCCUUCACAAUCUCACGUAUAUAUAUAUCCAUAUAAGAAAUAAAAUAAGUAAAAUUCAUACUCUCAUUAUCUAUGCUGUUUGAGAAUAGACUUACUUAUCCUAAAUAGAAUAGUGAGAUUUUAUAAAUAUUAUUUACAUGAACUUGAUUGCAUCACGAUGAUGUAUUUAACCUCUAAUUCAUGUUCAUCAGUUGUAUAGUAAAUCAAGUAAAUUUAAAAUUUAUAAAACUAGAAAAUACUAAUUUUUAGAUAUUUGGAAGUAUUUCUAAAUAAAUAUAUCAAUUAUAAUUCAAUAAAAGUUUCAAAAAUAGUAGAAAAUUUUCAGGUCAAUCACAUGAAUGUAAUAUAAUAUCGGAUAAUAUUUCAGAAUUUUCUUCAAAGAAUAAUUUUUUAAAUAGAUUUUAUAUUAAGAAAUCAAAAUAAAAUAUAUUAAAAAUUGCUAAAAAAGAGAAAUAAGGGUGCGAACAUCAAGAUGAAGUCAUCACCUCGACAAACCCAAAUUGGGUGGGAAUAGAGUUUCGUUUGGUGAUUCUUACGUAAGUGAUUAUAGAUGAUUUAAUUGAUCAAAUUAAGAUCUAUAAAAGUAGGAAGAAUCGUAAUUGAAUGACGAGUAGUUUGGAAAAUUUAAAUCACAUAAAUUAUCUCUAAAUUAAGAAAAAAUUAAGUUGAAAAUAAGAAAAAUAGAGUUUUGGCAUCGUGGCAGCAAUGCAUUGACGAUGCAUUGAAUCUUGAGCUUUCAAGAGGAUUAUUAUAUAGUGUCCAUGGCUACGAAGGCUCUCCUUGGACAAGGACGAAGUGAAUAAUUUCUAGAUCUUCUUGCAAAGUCUAGAGAUCAAUGAAAUAAGUUAUCAAAUCGUUUUCAACGGUUGUCACCUAGUAGAGUGGAAAAAUAGUAACUUUGUGGCUCUCCAACGAUUGUCACCCGAUAGAGGAGAGCUGGAUGGUGGUGGGACACAUGUUAAAGAGCUUCAUCAUUAGGUCCGCACAACAAGAGGAGACUUUUUAUCGUAUUUGGUAUACUCUCAAGAGGUGGUGACUCAUCUCUUGGCAGAUCAUUCUCUUCCUAACAAUGACUUGUUCAUCGAUCAAUCAGAGAUGAUUUACUCAAUAGAUUCAUGAUCUUUUUAUUGUGAAUCGAUCAACAAUUUUAGUAACAAAACUCUAUAAAUCACAUUGACGAGAUUUUUGCCGAUGAUCAAAUGAUUAUAGUAGUUUAUUCUUCACUAGUGAUCUGCAAGAAAGUCACGAUUUAAUCAGAUAAAAAUACAAGUUUUGGCUUUGGUAGGAUUUGAACUUAUGCCAGUUGUCCGCCUACAUGAGAGAGUGAAAUAAGUACUCGAAUACCCUUAUAUAGUGAUGUCAUCAUGGUAUCUCAUUGUUACAAAUAGAGGGUAUUUUUAGUAUUAAAAUCUUCAAAAUAUUCUAGGGAAGGUGUGAUCGUUGGUUUAGUCCCACAUUGAUUAUACACCGAAUGUUAAGACGCAUAUAUGGUAAUGUGAGAUUUGGAAAUCAAUAAUCCCUUUCUCACAUGUGUACGACCACUCUUUGCUCAAUGCCCAACUAACCACUAGUGACGUGGAAGGGGAGUGACGCACACAUGCCCCCAUUGGUCCAUAACUACUCAAGCCCCUACUCACGGCUUUACCCUGACUGCACUUUUAGUCCAUUUGUGGGCCGGGCUGGUUGGCAGGUCCCCCCUUUUUUCUAUUUUUUUUAUAUUUUAUUUUUCUUUAUUUAUCUCAAAAAUAUGAUUAUAAAUUUAUAUAAAUUCACAUAAAAUCAAAUAAUUAGUCAAAAAAUCACAUUAACCAACUAAAAAUCACUUUUCAUAAUUUAACAUAAAUAUAAAUCUAUUUAUCAUGAGUUAAGGCUAAAAUUAUAUUAUUUAUUAAUUAUUAACUCAUGAUAAUAAAGACUUACCAAUCAAUACAGAAUGAAUCUAAUGACUUACUCAAGAAAGAUGAGAUGCUCUAAGAGUGAAUCACGAUAUGUGACUCAAGGAAUAUAAUUAUAAAUUAGUAGUUACAUCUAUGCAAUAAUAUCUUAUAUAUAGAUACUAAUUAGUGAAUAA